ACCCCAACACCAACACCAGAUAGACGAUGGGCACCAUACUCAUCGCCAUGUCUUUUCUGCUGGUGUUCUCAGCGGCUGCGCCGCAAGCAUCAGCCGCAGCCGCCGGAGGGAUAUUGCAGAUUCCUUCUAGUGACUCCUUGGCUCACUGCAUCCCAAGGUGCGGGGACGUCGAUAUCUUCUAUCCCUUCGGUAUAGGGCCCGGCUGCUUCCGUCAAGGUUUCGAUCUCACCUGCAACCACUCCACCAAGCAUCCCAAGCUCUUUUUAGGCAGCAGCACUGUCCCGGUUACUGACAUGUACUACGACUAUGCUUCUACCCCUAUAAACAUCAAGCUUGCAACAAGGCCAGGUACAGAUACCUACAACAUGUCAUGGGAGGCCCCUUCUAAAGGUAUUACUAUCAGCAGUGAUAAUACUUUGUACGUAGUUGGUUGUGAUUUUGACUUCACCUUGUUCGAGUAUGGUACGGGAGACUUGGUUGGUUCUUGUAUGAGUAGAUGCGCCGGCGAGAAGGCAGCAACUGGAGGAUUUUGUAAUGGGAUAGGUUGCUGCCUCAUCCCGUUACCAAGGGACCUGCAAGGCUUUCAGGCAGAACUUGUCAGCACUAAUAUAACUGCAACCCAAUCAGAUUGGUUGCACCCUGGUAUCAUGGCUGUCGUGUCACGGGCUGAUUAUUACAUGUAUAAUACAACCAAUAUUUUCUCAAGUUGGACAGAUGCAAGCAAUAUAGAUGAUGCGAUGCUUAGUGUUACCAUCAUGGACCAACCAAGCUGUCAAAGUCCACAAAUGAACAAUGCAAGCUAUGCCUGUAGCAACGAUAGCAGUUGCCAAAAUUCCUCAUCUGGUCAUGGUUACGGGUGUUACUGCUCUCCUUAUGAACAAGGCAACCCUUACAUUUUAGAUGGAUGCCUGGAAGCGGAUUAUAACCCCAAGCCCAAAGAACACUGUCCCCCAUCAUGUGGACGCAUUACUGUUCCCUUCCCCUUUGGGCUAGUUGCUUGUGCCAUGCUUGAUUAGCUAUGAGUUAUAAUGGUUUACCUUGCGUGCCAACAUGCUAUUAGAAUGAUUAUGAUGUGGUAUGAUGGGAUGGUA